AAGUGCAUUCACUAAAAUGCACAAUGCUGAAUUGUUAUAAACCAAAGCCAAUGAGACAUAUUUACAACUGCUUUACUAACCAAUCCUAGUGACUAGUGAGCAUUCAGACUCAAAAUAUAAUAAAAGUAAACUCUAAUAUUCUCAAUUUGGCUAGCCUCAUUUCAUAGAAAUCUUCUUCUUAGACAUCUCUUCCAACAAGUAUUUGGAUUCUGCUGCAUAAUCAACUGAAGCAACAGCUCUUACUGUUAUCCUUUGCCUUUUCUCAUUGUUGUACCUUUUUGCUGUCUAGCUUUUCAUUUGAUAUGCAGUUUCUCCCUCUUGAGAAAUAGGAAUAUUCAGAUAAGUUAGCCACAAACUGUCUAAGACAUAAAACAAGCACAAAAAUGAAAGGUUCUGAGAAUUGUUUUACCUCUGAUUUCAGCUUGUCAAGUUCAUCAGCAGAGUAUUUUCUCUGCUUGAUCAUUGAAUGCAGAGAGCUACGCUUCACCGCUUGCAUCAGAAAAAUUCAAUGCCAUUAUAUAUCUGGGACCAAUUAAUGUAUAUUUUCAUUAAGUUAUAUCGAAUGGUGUAAACAUGAACAAAAAUUGUGGAAUAAGUGGAGCAUUCUGAAGUCAAAUGUCAAAUUAUGCAUCUGUAUUCCAAUUUGCUGACUUUUUCUUCCUUGUCAAAAAUAUCUCUCUGUCAUAACUCAUAUCCAUUGCAAAAUCAUUGACUUAUUUAAAUAAGCGAUGGAGUUGACUUGAAAACAAUCCUUCUAUAAAACAAAACAUGAAUAUUCUUCACAAUUUCAUACUUCCACAUCACAUCUUAAUCUUGUAUCAUGUCUUUCACUAGCUACUGUUUGAUCCUUUUUUGUUCACUUCUCCUCUCCAUUUCUUCUUAUUGCAUAGGCCAAACUUCUUCUCCCCAGACCAAAGCAUUCAUUCUUCCUGUGACCAAAGACUCAUCUACUCUACAAUACAUCACACAAAUUGGUCAAAGAACUCCUCUUGUGCCCAUUAAGUUAACAAUUCAUCUUGGUGGACAAACUUUAUGGGUAGACUGUGAGAAUGGUUAUGUGAGUUCCACUUAUCAACCGCUUCUUUGUGGCUCAACUCAAUGUACCAUCGCCAAAGUUGACACUUGUGCAAACUGCAGCACCAGUGCUCCCAAGAUUGGCUGCAACGAUAAUGCAUGUUACAACACCCCAGAGAAUCCAUUCAUCAAGACUUUAUAUAGUGGUGGACAACUUAAUGAAGAUGUAUUAUCGAUUCAAUCCACUGAUGGAUCAAAUCCUGGUAAGUUUGUCAAGAUCCCAAAUUUCAUUUUCACUUGUGCUCCUACAUUCUUGACUGAAGGUUUAGCUAGUGAGGUGAAAGGUACUGUUGGAUUGGGAAGGAAUCGUAUCGCGCUUCCUUCCCAAUUAGCUGAAAUCUUCAGCUUUCCAAGAAAAUUUGCUGUUUGUUUAAGUUCAUCCACACAAUCUUCUGGUGUCAUAUUUUUUGGUGAUGGCAUGAUGCUUCCAAAUAUUGAUGUCUCAAAAGAUCUCAUCAUUACGCCGUUGAUCACCAACCCUUUUGGUACUGGAUCUGUUCCUUCCCUGAAUGAACCUUCCUCAGAGUACUACAUUGGAGUGAAAUCUAUUAGAGUCAAUGGCAAACCAGUGACAAUUAACAAAAAAUUGCUAGGGGUUGACAAGAGCGGAAAUGGUGGAACCAAAAUCAGCACAGGGAGUCCUUAUUCAAUGUUGGAAUCUUCCAUCUAUAAUGUUGUGACUAAAGCAUUCAUCGAUGAGUUAUCUAAUGCGACCAGAGUGGCUGCUGUGGCACCUUUCGAGACAUGCUUCAGCUCAAAAAGUGUUGGUAGCACAAGGGUUGGACCAGCUGUUCCUACCAUUGAUCUUGUGUUGCAGACUACACGAGUUUAUUGGAGGAUUUUUGGCGCAAAUUCAAUGGUGAAAGUUAGCCAAGAUGUGAUCUGCUUAGGAUUUGUGAACGGAGGGAUUAAACGUACUGCUUCAAUAGUAAUAGGAGGAUAUCAACUUGAGGACAAUCUUCUACAUUUUGAUCUUGCUAGAUCAACACUUGGUUUUAGCUCAUCCCUUUUGUUCCACCAAACUACAUGUGCCAAUUUCAACUUCACAACUAAAGCUUAAAAAGCUGUCUUUCAGCACUAUCUUUUCCCCCUUCCAGAAUUUUAUUUAAUAAAAGAGAAGUAACGAAUG